CCAUGAUAGACGCAGACGACCGUCAAUGUUAGGAUCUGAGACUCAGUGAGAGGUCAAACAACUGAACAUUAUUACUUUUCUGUUUUGGAUGGCUUGAUUUAGACGGCUGGAUAUUUGCUGAAUUCAUUCUCGGUGUAGGAGGGAAAGAUUUAUUUGAUCAAAAAUGGCAGCAGAAUUGGAAUUAAACGACGCCCGUGUCGAAUUCAUCGCAGACUAUGUCUUAAAAACUAUGAAAGUCAAACCAGACAAAUGGUCAAAGAUGUAUAAUGUGGACGAAUCUAAGCAGCUGUUUAUGGACUAUUUUGAGAAAUCCGACGUAACAACACUUAUUAUUCUUUUAAAUCCUGCUGGGUCACUCAUUGUACAAUAUGAAUGGCCACCCAAUCCCAAAGGAAAAGCGUGCUAUUUUGUGAAGAAAAGUAAAGAUCCAAUUAAUAAAGACACACAAUUCCGGAAUGCCAUUGUGUAUGGUGAUUUAUCAACGUCACCACUGGAUCAGCUUUCAGCAUUUGUGGAUGAGGUUCUUGUACCACUUCUGUCAAAUGAACGAAAUCAUGACAACUGGCCAAAAGUAGUAUCUCAGGAUGUCACCAAACAUGUCAGAAGUCUCAAGAGUAAGGUGUAUGUUGUGUCAGGACAGGCUAAAGGCAAAACAUUGCUACCACUACCAGUUGGAGCAGAAACUGUUGAAGAUAUUACAGCUCAGACUGAAAAGGAUUCCUAUGAUAGAAAUUUGGUUCAUGCUAUUGAAUCUGUGAUUAUUGAAUGGACACAUCAGAUUCGUGAUGUACUCAAGCGAGAUGCAGCUCAACCAUUGCUUGAGGGUCUUAACCCUACACCAUUUGUGGAACUGGAUUUCUGGAAAAACAAAGCCACUAAUCUAGAAUGCAUUUAUGAACAGUUGAGAGAUCCCAAAGUUCGUAAAAUGGCAGAGCUGUUGGAAAGAACAAACAGUAGCUAUUUCCCAUCCUUCAAAAAUAUCUUCAGAGAUGUUGUAUCUGCCCUGACUGAAGCCCAGGACAUCAACAUGUUCAUGAAGCCACUUCGACAUCACCUGGAGGAUCUCGAACAAGCUGAGUUUGAUGAGUGCAUUCCUAUGCUGGCUCCACUUCUUCACUGCACUUGUCUAGUGUGGUCCAACUCCAGCUUUUACAACACACCAGCUAGGAUCAUUGUUCUCCUGCAAGAAAUGUGCAACAUGCUCAUAGAUCAAGCAACCACAUUCCUCGAUCCAUUGGAACUUUUCAAAGGAGAAGUUGAGGAAACUGUGACGAAAGUACAGAAGGCUUAUGAUGUGCUGAAGGCCUUUACAGAUCUGUAUGAGGAGCACAAGGCCAAACUGAAGACUUACUUCAAAGAAGGGGAAACCCCUCUGGAGUGGGAGUUUGCGCCUCAGUUGGUGUUUGCCAGAUAUGACAAGUUCAAGGCGAGAGUGGAGAUUAUUAAAGAGCUGAUGGAAACUGCACUGGAAUUCAUGAAACUUGAGAAGAUUGAGUUUGGUGGCAUUAAAGGAAAAGUUCUUAGUUCUGAAGUGAUGCAGAUCUUUGAAGAAUUCAACGAGGUGUACAAAGUUUUCUCUGAAAGAACCUAUGACUGUCUUGACACCACCAGUCAGGAGUUUCUCACUGACUACAAAAACUUUUUCAAUCAGAUCAGUGACUUUGACAGAAGACUAGCUACCUGUAUUUGUCAGGGUUUCGAUGAUACUUCUGGGCUUGAAUCUGCAUUUAAGCUCAUUCACAUUAUGGGAACCUUACUGGAACGACCUCUGAUCAAAAAGGAUUUUGAUCAGAAAUAUCCGGUAUUGGUUGGAAUGAUGAACGAACUGUUUGAUGAAGCAAAGCUCAUAUACGAUGAACAAAUGGCUCUCAAGAAGAAAACCAACAAGUUUCCGAUACACAAGAAUAUGCCAAGAAUGACCGGUGGUUUGAGAUGGGCCAAAGAGCUACGAGAUAGAAUUACUAAUCCAAUGUGGAGCUUUAAGCAAAUAGAACAUCCAUGCAUGGAGGGUGAAGAUGCUCAACUGGUAUACACCAAACAUGAUGAGAUGAUGAAGCUGUUAGGAGAAUGGGAUCAACAGCUCUACAAAGAAUGGACUCAGGAUGUGGACGAGGCUUGUUCAUUUAAUCUGUCACAGCCACUGGUCACCCGCAAUGCAGAGUCAAAUCUUAUUUGUGUCAACUUUGAUCCACAGUUGAUUGCUGUUUUGCGAGAAGUGAAGUAUCUGAUAAUCCGAGAUGAUGAAGAUGUUCCUGAGAGUGCUAAUGCCAUAUAUGGCAGAAAUGACACCUUCCGCAAAUAUCUGGCCAAUUUGGACCUGACUAUCCAGUGGUACAACAAGGUGAGGAAGACAGUUCUCGAGGUGGAGUACCCGCUCAUCGAAGGUCAGCUGCAGGAAAUUGAUCAGCAGUUAGAGCGGGCUGAAAAGACUCUUAACUGGAACAGUGAAGGUGUUUGGGAGUACAUUGGGGAGACCCGAGACAAAGUGCACGACUUGGAGACACGGGUUCAGAAAUCGAAGAACAAUAUAGAAGAAAUACAGAAGAUCAUGACCACCUGGAGCAAGGUGCCACUGUUUGACAGGAAAGAAGAAAAAUACGACUCUCUACUCAACCUUGAUGACCGAACGGACAGGCUCAACAAGCGCUACAAUGACAUAAAGAAUGCUGCUGAGAAAAUACACACACUCCUCAAAGAAAACCUUGAAUUCUUCAAAGCUGACGCGAACUCUGAUAUAUGGAAAGCGUACGUUGACUAUGCUGAUGAGAUGGUGGUUGACGGCUUCUUCAGCACUGUCAACUGCAGUCUGCAGCACCUGCUGGACAACACUGAUCCAAAGAACAACCCCGUUCCCCUGUUUGAGGCUCACCUCGAGCUGCAGGUUCCCGACAUGGUGUUCAUACCCUCCUUGGACGGCGGGAUUGCCGAUGGCUUCUAUGAUCUGGUUGAUGGACUCGUCGGUGAUAUCUAUAAACAGUCGUCUCUUGUCCCCAGGCUGGCACAACACAGUGGGCAGGAGCAUUAUCAGCCUGACUUGGAAGAAAUGGAGGAGCUGUCUGAAAUGCGCGAGGAGCUGAUGAAUCGUGUUCAGGGCAUCAUGAACAAAGCGUGUGACUACCGCAACUCGUUUGACAACUAUGCCUACCUGUGGGUGGAUGACAGAACGGAGUUCAUGCGCCAGUUCUUGCUGUACAACCAUGUGCUGAGCGCCGAGGAGAUAGAAGCUCAUGCUGAUGACGGGGUACCCGAGUGUCCACCAACGCUGCAGCAGUUUAAGGAACAGAUUGAUACCUAUGAAAAGAUUUACGAAGAGGCUGAACAAAUUCAAGGAACAGCCAUAUUUGACAACUGGUUCCGUGUUGAUGCCAAGCCUUUCAAACAAGCACUGCUAAAUAUCAUCAAGCGGUGGAGUUUCAUGUUCAAGCAACAUCUUAUUGAUCAUGUGACCAACAGCUUGAAGGAAUUGGCUGACUUCAUUAAGUCCACAGAUGAUGGGUUAACAAAGCCAAUUGAAGAUGGGGAUUACCAAGGCUUGGUCAGCGUGAUGGGUAAUUUGUUUGCAGUAAGAGAGAGGCAAGCAAUAACAGACGAGAUGUUUGAACCACUGAAGCAGACCAUAGAGCUACUGAAAACAUAUGACCAAGAGAUGCCAGAAGAAGUCCAUAUUCAACUUCAGGAACUUCCUGAACAUUGGAACAACACGAAGAAGAUUGCCAUCACUGUCAAACAACAGGUUGCGCCACUGCAAGCCAAUGAGGUGGCGAAUGUUCGCAAGAAGAGUGCGACAUUCGAUGUGCAUCAGCACAAGUUCAGAGAGAGGUUCCGAAGCAUCCCACCAUUCAGAUAUGACUGCGAGUUCCCGUAUCAAAUGAUUGACAAGUACAAUGAAGAGAUUGUAUCGAUGGAGAAAGAAAUGGCCAGUUUGUUGGACUCUGCUGGCUUGUUUGAGGUGAAUGUUCCCGACUUCAAGCAGCUCAAACAAUGCAGGAAGGAAAUCAAGUUGUUGAAGACGCUCUGGGAUUAUGUCACUGUUGUACGUAGUUGUAUUGAUGAUUGGAAGACGACGCCAUGGAAGGAGAUCAAUGUUGAGCAGAUGGACAUCGACUGUAAGAAGUUUGCCAAAGAUAUUCGAGCCCUGGACAAAGAAAUGCGAGCCUGGGACACGUACAUUGGUGUUGAGGACACUGUCAAGAACAUGCUGACAUCCCUACGUGCCGUGGGUGAACUGCAGAAUCCAGCCAUCAGAGACAGGCAUUGGCAGCAGCUGAUGGCUGCCACAAAGGUGCGCUUCAUGAUGGACGAGAACACAACCCUGUCCGACCUCCUGUCUCUGAACCUGCACAACUACGAGGACGAGGUCCGAAACAUCGUCGACAAGGCCGUCAAGGAGAUGAGCAUGGAGAAGGUGCUGAAGGAGCUUGACGUCACGUGGUCCACGAUGGAGUUUGAGCACGAGAAACACCCGCGCACACAAAUCACCAUGCUCAAGACCAGCGAGGAGCUCAUAGAAACUCUGGAGGACAACCAGGUCCAACUUCAGAACAUGAUGACAUCCAAGUACAUUGCUCACUUCUUGACGGAAGUGUCUGAAUGGCAGAAGAGCUUGUCUACAGCUGACCAGGUGAUCUCUAUAUACAUGGAGGUGCAGCGCACAUGGUCUCAUUUAGAGAGCAUUUUCAUCGGCUCUGAAGACAUCAGAAACCAGCUGCCAGAAGAUUCCAAGAGAUUUGAUACCAUUGACACAGAUUUUAAAGAACUUGUUGGCGAAGUGGAAAAAUCAAAGAAUGUUGUUAAAGCUACCAACCAGCCAAACCUGUUUAACAAACUGGAGAAGUUGCAAGGGCAGCUUUCCCUUUGUGAGAAGGCCCUUGCAGAAUACCUCGAAACCAAACGUCUGGCCUUCCCCAGAUUCUACUUUGUGUCAUCGGCCGACUUGCUGGAUAUCUUAUCCAAUGGCAACAAUCCACCUGUGGUAUCCCGUCACUUGACCAAAUUGUUUGACAGCUUGGCCCAUCUGAAGUUCGACAUGGAUGAACCGGAUGCGUCGGUGGAACAUGCCAUUGGGAUGCACAGCAAGGAUGGGGAGUAUGUUGACCUUGAUAAGCCGUGUGAUCUCACAGGCCAGGUUGAGGUUUGGUUGAACCGCCUUCUCCUGGCUCAGUGCAGUACUGUGUGUAAGGAACUGACCGAUGCUGUGACCACAUACGAGGAGAAGCCGAGAGACCAGUGGCUGUUUGACUUCCCGGCUCAAGUUGCACUGUGCGGAACACAGAUCUGGUGGACCACCGAGGUCAACAUUGCAUUUGGUCGUCUAGAGGAAGGCUACGAAAAUGCCUUAAAGGACUAUAACAAGAAACAGAUCGCUCAGCUAAAUGCCCUGAUUGUCAUGCUGCUCGGUGACUUGUCGAAAGGUGAUCGCCAGAAGAUCAUGACUAUCUGUACAAUUGAUGUGCAUGCUCGUGAUGUUGUCACCAAGCUGAUCACCCAGAAAAUCGACAGCUCUCUGGCAUUUGCCUGGCUGUCCCAGCUGCGACAUAGAUGGGAUGACAAUGUACAUGACUGUUUUGCUAACAUCUGCGAUGCACAGUUUAAAUAUUCCCAUGAGUAUCUUGGCAACACAGCUCGUCUGGUCAUCACACCAUUGACUGACAGAUGUUACAUCACUCUGACACAGUCUCUACAUUUGAUAAUGAGUGGAGCCCCAGCUGGGCCUGCUGGGACAGGCAAGACCGAAACCACCAAGGAUUUGGGACGUGCCCUCGGCAUCAUGGUGUACGUCUUCAACUGCUCAGAACAGAUGGACUAUAAAUCAAUUGGAAACAUCUACAAAGGUUUAGCCCAGUCUGGAUCAUGGGGUUGUUUUGAUGAGUUCAACAGAAUUGCAGUGGAGGUAUUGUCAGUGGUUGCAGUACAGGUGAAAUGUAUUCAGGAUGCCAUCCGGGACAAAAAGAAAGAGUUCAACUUCUUGGGAGAGGUCAUUAAACUCCGACCAGAAGUGGGCAUUUUCAUCACCAUGAACCCAGGUUAUGCUGGACGAACAGAACUGCCAGAAAAUCUUAAAGCUCUCUUCAGACCAUGUGCUAUGGUUGUUCCUGACUUUGAAAUGAUUUGUGAAAUCAUGUUGGUGUCUGAGGGUUUCCUUGAUUCCCGGCUGUUGGCUCGCAAGUUCAUCACACUGUACACACUCUGCAAGGAACUUCUUUCCAAACAGGACCACUAUGACUGGGGUCUUCGUGCCAUCAAGUCUGUACUUGUUGUCGCUGGUUCCCUCAAGAGAAGUGAUAGAGGAAGGCCAGAAGAUCAGGUUUUGAUGAGAGCCUUGCGUGAUUUCAACAUCCCCAAGAUCAUUCUGGAUGACAUGCCAGUAUUCAUGGGUCUGAUCGGCGAUCUGUUCCCGUCACUCGACGUACCACGUAAGCGAAACAUGGACUUUGAGAAACACAUCAAACAGGCUACACUAGACCAGAAGCUGCAGCCAGAAGACAACUUCAUUCUCAAGAUUGUUCAGCUUGAAGAGUUGUUUGAGGUGCGUCACUCUGUGUUUUUGCUGGGAGGUGCUGGCACCGGGAAGAGUAAAGUGUGGAACACACUGAUUCGCACAUACAGGAAUCUGCAACGCAAACCUGUGGCUAUUGAUCUUGAUCCCAAAGCUGUGACAAAUGAUGAGCUGUUUGGUGUGAUCAACCCAUCAACCAGAGAAUGGAAAGACGGUUUGUUUUCAGUGAUUAUGCGAGAUCUAGCCAACGUGAGUGGAGAUGGUCCAAAGUGGAUUGUGCUGGAUGGAGACAUAGAUCCCAUGUGGAUUGAGUCACUUAAUACUGUCAUGGAUGACAAUAAAGUGUUGACCCUGGCCUCCAAUGAGCGGAUCCCGCUGACACCAUCCAUGCGGCUGCUGUUCGAGAUCAGUCACCUGAGGACAGCAACACCAGCCACUGUGUCACGGGCGGGCAUCCUCUUCGUCAACGCACAGGACUUGGGAUGGAAUCCGUACGUUCAGAGUUGGAUUGACACUCGUGAAGUGCAGUCGGAGCGAGCCAACCUGACCAUUCUGUUUGACAAGUACGUCCCGAGCCUGCUGGAGACGAUGCGUCACCGCUUCAAGAAGAUCACUCCUGUGGCCGAGGUCUCUCACAUACAGAUGCUUUGUUACCUGCUCGAGGGUCUGCUCACAGUGGACAACACCCCCCCAGACUGCCCUAAGGAGCUUUAUGAGCUAUACUUUGUGUUCGCCUGUGUCUGGGCCUUCGGAGGAGUCAUGUUCCAGGAUCAGCUCACAGAUCAUCGUAUUGAGUUCACCAAAUGGUGGGUUACAGAGUACAAGACCAUCAAGUUUCCAUCCACUGGCACAGUCUUUGAUUAUUUCAUCGACCCAGAGACAAAGAAGUUUGAACCUUGGACCAAGAGAAUUCCCAAAUUUGAGUUUGAUCCUGAUCUUCCACUACAGGCAGCUCUGGUUUAUACUGCUGAAACAAUCCGUGUGAAGUACUUCUUGGACAUGCUGGUUACCCUCAAGAAACCCAUCAUGCUUGUUGGCAAUGCUGGUACUGGCAAGACUGUGUUGAUGCAAGACAAACUGAACAGUUUAUCUGAUGAGUUCAUGGUGACCAAUGUACCAUUCAAUUUCUACACGACAUCAGAGAUGCUGCAAGGGAUUCUUGAAAAACCACUGGAGAAGAAAGCUGGCCGAAACUACGGACCACCUGGCAAUCGCAGGCUAAUCUACUUUGUUGAUGACAUGAACAUGCCAGAGGUUGACAAGUACUUCACUGUGCAGCCGCACACUCUGAUACGACAGCACAUUGACCAUGGCCAUUGGUAUGACCGGCACAAGCUGACGAUGAAGGAUGUCCACAACACCCAGUAUGUGUCCUGUAUGAACCCCACCGCUGGCAGCUUCACCAUUGAUUCCCGAUUGCAGCGCCACUUCUGUGUGUUUGCUAUGAGCUUCCCCAACCAAGAUGCUUUGUCUACCAUUUACACCAGCAUUUUGUCUCAGCAUCUGGCAUUUUCAAGCUUCCCUGCUGCGGUUCAGAAGUUUUCACACAAUUUGGUGGCUGGAGCAUUGGCACUACACUCAAAAGUGUCUGUAACCUUCCUGCCAACUGCUGUCAAAUUCCACUAUGUCUUCAAUCUGAGAGAUCUCUCCAACAUCUUUCAGGGCAUAUUGUUUGCUGGCCCAGAGUGUGCAAGAACUCCUGCCGAACUGGUGCGGAUGUAUCUGCAUGAAUCUGAGCGCGUUUACAAGGACAAGCUGGUAGAACUCACUGAUAUGGAGACUUUUGAAAGACUGCAGAAGGAAAUGGUCAAGAAGAUUUUUGAGGACAUUGAUGAAACGGUUGUUUACCGCAAACCUCUUCUGUACUGUCACUUUACAUCGGGUAUCGGUGAACCCAAAUACCUUCCUGUUGAAACCUGGGAGUCCAUCAACAAAAUUCUCUUGGAGGCACUGGACAAUUACAAUGAACUGAAUGCAGCGAUGAAUCUUGUCCUCUUUGAAGAUGCCAUGAUGCACAUCUGCCGAAUAAACAGAAUUCUGGAAGCCCCUCGAGGCAAUGCACUUCUCAUUGGUGUUGGUGGUAGUGGCAAGCAGAGUCUUUCCCGACUGGCCGCGUUCAUCAGUAGCUUGGAUGUGUUUCAGAUUACGCUGCGUAAAGGCUAUGGCAUUCCCGACCUCAAAGCCGAUCUCAAUCUGCUUUACAUGAAGGCCGGCCUGAAAAACAUUGGCAUCGUCUUCCUCAUGACAGACGCCCAGGUUGCAGAUGAACAGUUUCUUGUUUUGAUUAAUGACUUGUUGGCGUCAGGUGAGAUUCCUGACCUCUUCCAAGACGACGAAAUUGAAAAUAUAAUCAAUGGCGUCCGGAAUGAAGUUAAAGGAGAAGGCAUGGAGGAUACCCGAGAAAAUUGUUGGAGAUUUUUCAUUGACCGUGUUCGAAGAAUGCUGAAGGUUGUUUUGUGUUUCUCACCUGUUGGCUCCACCCUCAGAGUCAGAAGUCGCAAGUUCCCUGCCGUCACAAACUGCACAUCCAUUGACUGGUUCCACGAGUGGCCCGAGACGGCGCUCAAAUCUGUCAGUGCAAGAUUUCUGGAAGAUGUGGAGCUCAUUGAUGCUAAUACAAGGGAAUCCAUUUCAAUUUUUAUGGCCUUUGUACACAAAUCUGUGAAUGAAAUCAGUGUGCAGUUUCUGCAGAAUGAGAAGCGGUACAACUACACCACACCAAAAAGUUUCCUGGAACAGAUUGCUCUGUAUCAAAACCUUCUAAAAACCAAGAAUGCUGACCUACAAGCAAAGAUUAUUCGUUUGGAAAAUGGUCUGGAAAAGCUGAGAAGCACAGCAUCACAGGUAGAUGACUUGAAAUCGAAACUGGCAUCUCAAGAGGUUGAACUGGCACAGAAGAAUGAGGAUGCUAACAAACUGAUUCAGAUUGUCGGAGCAGAAACGGAGAAGGUUGGCAAGGAGAAGGCCAUUGCUGAUGCAGAAGAAAUCAAGGUGUCGCAGAUCACCAUCGAAGUGGAGAAGAAGCAGCGGGAUUGUGAGAUCGAUUUGGCUAAGGCAGAACCAGCACUGAAAGCAGCCGAGGAUGCCCUCAACACACUCAACAAGGGUAACUUGACAGAGUUGAAAUCCUUUGGUACUCCACCUCCGGCUGUGUCUAAUGUAACAGCUGCAGUCAUGGUUCUGUUGGCUCCAGGUAACAAAAUACCAAAAGACCGAAGCUGGAAAGCAGCAAAAGCAACUAUUAUGAGCAAGAUCGACCAGUUUCUGGACAACUUGAUCAAUUAUGACAAAGACAGCAUAGCUGAGCCUGUUCUAAAAGCCAUCCAGCCGUAUCUUGAUGAUCCAGAAUUUGAUCCAGACUUCAUCCGUAACAAAUCAAUUGCUGCCGCUGGUUUGUGUUCAUGGACAGUGAACAUUGUAGGAUACUACAAAGUGUACUGUACUGUAGAGCCCAAGAGACUAGCCCUUAAAGCAGCCACCGAUGAGCUGGCUGCUGCUAGAGAAAAGUUACGUGGCAUCAAAGCAAAGGUUGCUGAUCUUGAGGCUACACUGGCUAAAUGUCAAGCGGAAUUCGAGAAAGCCACAUCAGAGAAAUUACGUUGUCAACAGGAGGCUGAGACAACUGCCAAAACUAUCGAACUCGCUAACCGCUUGGUGGGCGGAUUAGCAUCUGAGAAUGUCAGAUGGGCAGAAGCCAUCGACAACUUCCGCUUUCAAGAAAAGUCCUUGGCUGGUGAUGUUUUGAUGAUCACGGCGUUUGUGUCCUAUGUUGGGUGCUUCACGAAGCAGUAUCGUAUCGACCUGAUGGAGCAACACUGGUUGCCAUACCUCAAAGGCUUGAAGCAUCCAAUUGCAAUAUCGGAAGGUCUCGAUCCGCUGACUCUUCUCAUUGAUGACGCGGUCGUGGCAACAUGGAACAAUGAAGGUCUACCAGGAGACAGGAUGUCCACCGAGAAUGCCACCAUCCUCACCAACAGCGAGCGUUGGCCCUUGAUGAUUGAUCCCCAGCUGCAAGGCAUCAAGUGGAUCAAAAGCAAGUUCGGGACCGACCUGAAGGUUGUGCGUCUUGGACAGAAGGGAUACCUGGAUGCAAUAGAGAACGCCAUCCAGUCUGGUGACACAGUGCUGAUAGAGAACAUGGGCGAGGACAUGGAUCCUGUGCUGGACCACGUGAUGGGACGGAACACCAUCAAGAAGGGACGUGCCAUCAAGAUGGGCGACAAGGAGGUCGAGUACCACAAGGACUUCCGCCUCAUCCUGCAGACGAAGCUGGCCAACCCCCACUACAAGCCCGAGAUGCAGGCCCAGACGACGCUGAUCAACUUCACGGUGACGCGGGACGGGCUGGAGGACCAGCUCCUCGGAGAGGUGGUCAGCAAGGAGAGACCCGACCUGGAGAAGAUGAAGAGCGACCUGACCCGCCAGCAGAAUGAGUUCAAGAUCACGCUCAAGGAGUUGGAGGACAACCUCCUGGCACGACUGUCGGCUGCCGAGGGCAACUUCCUGGGCGACUACGCGCUCGUGGAGAACCUGGAGACCACCAAGAGGACCGCUGCAGAGAUCGAGGUCAAGGCCGAACAGGCAAAGCAGACGGAGGUGGACAUCAACACUGCCCGCGAGAACUACCGUCCGGCGGCUUCGCGGGCAUCCCUCCUGUACUUUAUCAUGAACGAUCUGCACAAGAUCAACCCAAUGUAUCAGUUCUCACUGAAGGCUUUCAGUGUGGUGUUCAACAAGGCUAUCGAUCGAGCUGACCCGGCUGAGGAGGUGAAACAGCGAGUUGUCAAUCUUAUUGAUUGCAUUAGCUUCUCAGUCUAUGUCUACACAACCAGAGGCUUGUUCGAGAAAGAUAAACUUAUUUUCACUACACAGAUGGCUUUCACAAUUUUGCUGAAGAACAACGAGCUGAAUCCAGUGGAACUGGAUUUCCUGCUCCGUUUCCCUUCAGCAGCAAAUGUAACAACACCAGUGGAUUUCUUGAGCAACUUUUCCUGGGGAGGAAUCAAGAACUUGGCAAACAUGGAUGAGUUCCGAAACUUGGAUCGGGAUAUUGAGGGAUCAGCCAAGAGGUGGAAGAAGUUUGUUGAGAGUGAAUGUCCAGAAAAGGAAAAAUUCCCCCAGGAAUGGAAGAACAAAUCUGCUCUGCAGAAACUCUGCAUGAUGAGAGCAUUACGUCCUGACAGAAUGACCUAUGCUGUGAGAAACUUCAUUGAGGAGAAGCUUGGAACGAAGUACGUUGAAGGCCGAGCGGUAGAGUUUGCCAAGUCAUUUGAAGAAUCUGGUCCAGGUAUUCCGAUAUUCUUCAUCCUCUCUCCGGGAGUCGAUCCUCUCAAAGAUGUGGAAGCCCUUGGCAAGAAACUGUCAUUCACUGAUGAGUGCAAGAACUUCCACAACAUUUCACUGGGACAAGGUCAAGAAAUCGUCGCUGAGCAGGCCAUGGAUAUCGCUGCAAAGGAGGGCCACUGGGUGGUCCUACAGAAUGUCCACCUUGUAGCAAAAUGGCUUCCGAGUUUGGAGAAGAAACUGGAACAGUACAGCAGUGAUGCAAACGAAAGCUACCGGGUGUUUGUCAGUGCCGAACCCUCUGGUACCCCGGAGUCGCACAUAAUCCCCCAAGGCAUCCUGGAGACAGCUAUCAAGAUAACAAAUGAGCCGCCCACCGGCAUGCAUGCAAAUCUGCACAAAGCUCUUGAUAACUUCACCCAGGAUACGUUGGAAAUGUGUGCACGUGAGACUGAGUUCAAGGCCAUCCUCUUUGCUCUCUGCUACUUCCACGCGGUGGUGUGCGAGCGGCGUAAGUUCGGCCCCCAGGGCUGGAACCGGGUGUACCCGUACAACACGGGCGACCUCUCCAUCAGCGUGAAUGUGCUGUACAACUACCUGGAGGCCAACCCCAAGGUGCCGUGGGAGGACCUGCGCUACCUGUUCGGAGAGAUCAUGUACGGUGGGCACAUCACCGACGACUGGGAUCGACGCCUCUGCAGAACUUACCUCGAGGUGUACAUGCACCCAGAUAUGCUUGAUGGAGAAUUAAACCUCGCUCCUGGCUUUCCUCUGCCCCCGAACUCUGACUACAAGGGCUACCACAACUACAUUGAUGAAUGUCUACCACCAGAGAGUCCCUACUUGUACGGCCUCCACCCAAAUGCUGAGAUUGAGUUCUUGACAACGACUUCGGAGAAUCUGUUCCGAACUGUUUUUGAAAUGCAGCCCCGUGACGCGUCGGCUGGCACUGGAGCAGGAAUCAGUCGAGAAGAGAAGAUGAAGAACAUCCUGGACGAGAUCAUGGAGAAACUGCCUGACGAGUUCAACAUGAUAGAGAUGAUGGGCAAGGUGCCCGUGGAGGAGAGAACCCCGUAUGUCGUGGUCGCCUUCCAGGAGUGUGAGCGCAUGAACACGCUCACCAAUGAGAUCAGACGUUCACUCAAAGAGCUGGACCUUGGAUUAAAGGGUGAGCUAACAAUUACUGCUGACAUGGAAGAGCUCGGCAACAGUCUCUUCCUGGACACAGUGCCCUUGAACUGGACGAACCGUGCGUACGCGUCCCUGCACUCUCUCGGCAUUUGGUACCCCGACCUGCUGCAGAGGGUGAAGGAGCUGGAGACGUGGACGACUGACUUCCAGCUGCCGUCGGCCGUCUGGCUGGGAGGCUUCUUCAACCCGCAGUCCUUCCUGACGGCCAUCAUGCAGCAGAUGGCCCGCAAGAAUGAGUGGCCCCUCGACCGCAUGUUCCUGCAGUGCGACGUCACGAAGAAGACGCGUGAGGACAUGGCGGGCCCGCCGAGGGAAGGCGCGUAUGUGCACGGGCUGUUCAUGGAGGGAGCCCGGUGGGACACGCAGACCGGGAUGAUCGCCGAGUCGAGGCUGAAGGAGCUUGCCCCGGCUAUGCCCGUCAUGUUCAUCAAGGCCAUCCCCGUCGACCGGAUCGACUCGAGAAACAUCUACGAGUGUCCCGUGUACAAGACUAAGUCCAGAGGGCCAACGUUCGUGUGGACCUUCAACCUGAAGACGAAGGAGAAGGCUAGCAAGUGGAUUCUCGGGGGUGUGGCUCUCCUGCUGCAGGUCUAAGGCAUCAGCGACAUCGGCAAAUAGCAAACUGUGUUCUCUUCCUUCAAGUUGACAUUUGAAAGUUUAAAUCAAACCUUUGUGUUCUGUGUUUCCCAUUGAAAAUUCUUUAAAAAAAAGUGUUGUGAUUUUUCAUGCUGUACUAAUAUAUAUAUGUAUGACUUAGUUGUUGGAAAUAUUUCUUUACCCUAAUUUGUGCAUUUGGGAUUUCAGUUUUAAGAAAUGUACAGAAGCUAAAAUUAAAAUGUGAUAAAAGUAUUAGUAUAGUAAGAUGAUUGGACAUUAAUUUAUAAUUAGCAUCAUUCACAAGUCUGAAUUUUUGUUCAUAAAUACAUUAGCAUGUUAAUUUUGGAAAUUUACAUUGCAGUAUUUAUAAUGCAGAAGUGAAUCCUUCUACCUCUUCCUGUAUUGUAAUGUCUUCCUGAAACUAAUCUCAGUAUUUGAAUGACAAAAUUAAUAUACAUGAAGUUAUUUGUUUGUAAUACAAGCCUAUUUAUGGAUAUUUAACACUAAAGCAAAUAGUUCUAAGUAAUCUGACAACUUCAACAUACUAAAUUACAUUUAUCACAUUGAGACUGAACACUGAAUACCUGAAAAGGUUAUAUUUUGUAAUAGAAUGUGUGAGGCCUAUUAUAUUUUAUGUAACAAACGUGUGGCCUAUUAUAUUUGAUAAAAGAAGCAUGUAUGGCUUAUCUCAGUCACCCAAAAGUAUGUAAAAUAUCUUUUAGGCAAGUAUAUUUUUGUUUGACUUUGACACUAACAUUUCAUUUUAAGACUGCAAAGGUUUUUAGAGUUAACUUGCUGUUUUUCAUAAAAUAGAUUGAGAAUGAGAAGUAUUAAAACUUUGUCAAUGGACUACCCUUAAAAUAUAAUUAUAUAGUUACCCUAUUUUUUUCCAACCAUACUGUCCGAUUAUUUUCACCCUUGUGUCAGUAUAAACAAAUUUUAAAUUAAAAAAAAAACCAAGAAAAUAUUCAUUACAAGAUCUAUUUAAUAAAACAAGAAAAUAUUCAUUACAAGAUCUAUUUAAUAAAACAAGAAAACACUCAUUACAAGAUCUAUUUAAUUGCUAAAACAGUGGGUCAGAUUACAGCAUGUAAAAGUUUGUAAUUUUUUAGUUCUGUGACAUUUGUCAGCUGGGCUUUUUUGGUACUGGUUUGCUCAACAUCUGUCCGUCAACUUUUCUUCCAUGUUUAAUUCUAAUAUGAAUAUCUAGGGUGGUAUCCAGAAACUAGUAGAGGAAGAUGUUUAAAAUUAAAUUCCAAGACAUCUCCUUUGAGAUUUGCCUUGCUUUAAAAUUGUUUGUGAUAAGAAACCUUCCUAAUAUUCCAGUCAGUAUUCACACCGUCCGUAUAAAUUAUUAUUAUUAUUAUUAUUAAUGAAUUCAUAGUAUAGAUCUUUCUUUGAAAGCUGGUUAUUAAUUUAUAUAAAGUAUUUAAUAAAAUGUUUAAAAAUA